CUUGCUCCUUGUCCAUUGGACAUUACCUUUGUCCACUAAUACAUCUUAACCAUGUAUCCACUUUCCAGGAGACGUUGGGGAGCUGAGGAAGAGGUAACACGUUGCAUAGUGUUUUCUGUGGAUGUAGUAUAGAUUAAUGCUUUCAGUUUUCAGUAUUUCCAGUAGGUGCAUUCUUUUGGCAUAUGGUGAUUGUUUUCUCUUUCUCUGCCCCCACACUCCCCACCUUCUUUUUCCCAGAUUCCUCAGAGCCAGUUUCUUACAGAAUCUCCUCUGGUGAUCUGGACAGAAAGUUCUCUAUUCACCCGUGGCUGGGUGUCAUUCGAACCCAGAAGCCUCUGGAUCACGAAACCCAGCCCGUGGUUGUGCUCACGGUGCUGGCGCAGCUCGGCGGCUCCCCUGCUUACGGCAGUACAGAGGUCAACAUAACUGUAAUCGAUGUCAAUGACAACCAUCCAGUAUUUCCCAAAGCCUCUGAUGAGGUUAAAAUAUCCCAGACCACACUGCCUGGCACAGCCUUGUACCUUGCCCGUGCACAAGACAAAGACAGUGGGCAGAAUGGAUUCAUCCGAUACACCAUUGCAAGCCAGAAUCCAAGCAUCUUUUCCAUUGACUCGGGGCUUGGUGUGGUGUACCUCAAUGAGAGUCUGGGAAGUGCGACGCCCCAGAAGUGCACACUAACUCUCAUGGCCCAGGACCUGGGCGUUCCUCCUCAGGCAUCCCUGUUAGUGCUGACAGUUGUGAUCGAAGAGCAAGAACAGAGCCUGUCUUUGACUUUUGCAAACUUGGUCUAUCAAGUGGAAGUUAGUGAGUCUGUCUCACUGAUGACCCAAAUACUGCAAAUACACGCCUACCCACUUGGGCCACAGGGCGCAAGCUUGCAGCUCCUGUACUCGCUGGAACCCAGCGCAGACUCUGCUAUGUUUGGCAUCCGCCCUCACACAGGUUGGAUUUAUUUGCGGCGACAGCUUGACUAUGAAUCCACACAGAUAUAUAAUUUUAGAGUGUUUGCCUGGAUCCCGGAGGACAGAUUGUCGCAAAAUGUGAGCACUUCAGUAAUUGUUCAUGUCCUGGAUGAGAAUGACAAUUCCCCUACCUUCUUGCAUGAUGUGUUGUUUUUGAAAGUCGAGGAGAGCCCUGUUCCCCAAGGGGUAAUAGGCAAAAUUACAGCAAUUGACAGAGACUCGGGAAAGAAUGGACAGCUGUCAUAUUUCCUUUUGUCUGAUGGAAAAUUCUUCAAGAUGAAUCCUAAUACAGGUAGCAUUUUCCUUUGUAAUUGGUACCCCCUGCCCUGUAGUGGGACAGAAUUUGAAUUCACUUCUGAUUAACUUCAAGCCUUUACGAAGUACCUGUUAUGUGAAUUAGGAACCGGCGAAUUGAUCAGUUGGGUGGCAUUGGACCAUGAGCAUCAGGUACACCAUCAGGUGAUUGUCCUAGUGACCGACCAUGGCUCCCCACCACGAAACGCCAGCAUGGUGGUUUACGUCUCAGUUACUGACAUCAACGACAACAGGCCAUAUUUCCCACAGUGUCUCCCUGGAAAGGAAUUGCACGUCAAGGUUCUGGAAGGUCAGCCAGUAAAUAUGUUGGUGACAACUGUGUUUGCAAAGGAUUUUGACGAAGGAAACAAUGCAGAGGUCGUAUAUUCAGUAUCUCCAGAAGGUAGCUCUGAUCACUUCAAGAUUGAUGCCAACAGUGGUGAAAUCAGAACAACCACAAUACUUUCACAUGACUACAGACCUUCCUACAGGAUGACCAUAAUUGCCAGUGACCAGGGGGAGCCUCCUCUUCAAGGACAGGCAGUCAUUAAUAUUCAGGUGAUACCUCUAUCUAAAGGGAGAGCUAUCAUUUCUCAGAAUAUUAGACACUUAGUUUUACCAGAAAACUUGAAGCCUGCAAAAAUAAUGAGCUUGAUAAAGUCACCCGAUCACCUUCAGCAACAUCAUAAUGGAAAGUUACAUUUUAGUAUUGCUGCAGAUGACAAGGAUGGGCACUUCAAAAUUGACAGCUCGACAGGAGACUUAUUCCUUUCUAAGGAACUUGAUUAUGAAAUGACAUCCCAUUAUUUAUUCAGGGUGGUUACUAAAGACCAUAGCAAAACCCCUCCCCUGAAUAGCACAGUCUUCCUUAAUAUUGAUGUGGAAGAUCAGAAUGACCAUUCCCCAUCUUUCCAAGAAGAGCUCAUCGUGAUAAGCGUGGAAGAGAAUGUCCCUAUAGGGACGCUGGUGCAUGUCUUCAAUGCCAAGGAUGGGGAUGGCAGUUUUUUGAACAGUAGAAUUCAAUACUUCAUCGAAUCCCACCACCCUGGCAUGAGUCCCUUUCUUAUCCACCCCUCAUUUGGCACAUUAGUCACUGCAUCCCCCCUUGACAGAGAGAGAGUUCCAGCUGUCAUGCUGACAAUAACAGCAUCCGAUCAGGCUGUGAAUGUGACAGACCGGCGCGUGGGAUCACUGAUGGCAAAGGUAGUGAUUUUGGAUGUAAAUGACCACAGCCCCACUUUUAUAUCUUUCCCCAUGGCCCACAUCAAAGAGGAUGCCACAGUGGGCUCUUUGGUGCACCACAUAACUGCUCAAGAUCCAGAUGAAGGAAGGAAUGGAAGAGUAACAUACAGCAUCCUUUCAGGAAAUGAAAACAUGGCCUUUACGCUAGAUGAGUCAUCAGGCUUACUAACAACAACUUGUCCUUUGGAUUAUGAAAUAAAAACCCAGCACAUUCUGACCCUUCUGGCCCUGGAUGACGGCAUACCCGUGCUUUCUUCAUCCCAGACUUUGACAAUUACUGUUCUUGAUGUAAAUGAUGAGGCACCAGUAUUUCAGCAGAACUUGUAUGAAGCUUCAGUUAAAGAAAACCAAAAUCCAGGGGAGUUUGUCAUAAGGGUUGAAGCUAUGGACAGAGAUUCAGGAAUCAAUUCCAAGUUUCAGUUUGAAAUCAUGCCAGGUGCUUCCUCUGGGUUGUUCAAGAUAAAUCCUGACACUGGAGAGGUAGUGACAACCACCACACUUGACAGAGAAGUUCAGGAAGUUUUCACCCUUCGAGUACUUGUGCGAGAUGGGGGAGUCCCUUCGUUAUCUGGCACCACCACGAUUCUCUGUACUGUGGAAGAUGAAAACGAUCACGCACCAGAGAUUAUUGUCCCCAGUUAUAGCAUUGAGGUUCUGGAAAACCAAGAGCCAGGGGUUGCCUACACUAUUUUGGCUUCUGAUAUGGAUGCUGGUGAUAAUGGAGCUGUCAGGUAUCAUAUAAUUGAUGGGAAUACCGAUGAAUACUUUGCUAUUAAUGAAACAUCAGGAGACCUCUCAACCACUCGCGCUUUGGACCGGGAGCAAGUCAGCAAUUUUACCUUAGUCAUCCUGUGUUCUGACCUAGGGGAUCCACCGAGGAGCUCUCUGGUGCAGUUGCAGGUUAGAGUUUUGGAUGACAAUGACCAUGGCCCUUCCUUCCCCACGCUGCAUUACCAGGCCUCCGUGAGAGAAGAUGCUGAAGUGGGGACAGUGGUUCUGGUACUAUCUGCUGUGGACAAGGACGAAGGUCUGAAUGGGCAAACUGAGUAUUUUCUGGAGGGUGAAGCUUCUGGUACAUUCACCAUUGAUUCUGUGGCAGGUGCACUGAGAACUUGCCACGCCUUGGACCGAGAAGCCAGAUCCCAACAUACAUUUCGGGCUGUGGCCAGAGACUGUAGUGUCCAGGGCUCGAGAAGCACCACAGUAAUUAUAAAAGUGCAUGUCAUGGAUGUUAAUGACAAUGAUCCGGUGUGGGAGCAGAACCCCUUUGAAAUUUUUCUUUCCGCCCAGUCACCUCCUAACCAGACAACUGCCAUUCUGACAGCCAGUGACCCCGACUUGGGACCCAAUGGAACUGUCAUGUUUAGUUUUGCAGAGACCCAGUCGAUGUUUUCUAUUGAUAAGUAUACAGGAGAAGUCCAACUUCGGCACAACCCAUCUUCAGAAUAUUUUCCAAUCUGGCUGCAGUUAAAAGUUAUGGACCAAGGUGUCCCAGCUAGGACAGCCACUGGCCUCUUAGUCGUUCACAUGGAAGGAGAAGAUAGAAAGAUUUCCUUCAGCCACCCUCUGUAUAAAGGGACUGUGACUGAAAAUUGUGAUGCAGGUACUUCUAUUGUGACUGUAAAAGCUGUUGCUCCUGACCCAAUACAAGACAGCAUUAAAUAUUCAAUUUUUAGUGGAAACGAAGAUGGGGUUUUUUCCCUGUGCUCCAACUCAGGAGAACUCACUGUGAAAGAACCCAAGUUUCUGGAUUUUGAAGUCAGAAAUGAAGUACAACUCAUCAUUUUAGCAGAAAGUAGGGGGCAUAGGGCCUUCAGCAAAGUAGCAGUCUUGAUCCAAGAUGUGAAUGAUAAUUUACCGUGCUUUGAGCAGAGCGUGUACCAAGUAUCAGUGCCUGAAGGCCAGUUCUACAAUGCUCGCAUCAUACAGGUUUUUGCUACCGACCUGGACAGUGGAUUGAAUGGCCUCAUUGAGUACUCUAUUCUCUCUGGGAACCAAGGGGACGCCUUCCACAUGGACGCGCUGAGUGGUGUAGUGACAGCAAAUGCGAUUCUAGAUUAUGAGUUCACCAAUUCCUACAGCUUGAUUGUGCAAGCCACAGAUAAGGGGGUGCCCAGCCUUUCUGGUACAAGUGUGAUCAAGAUACAGGUGACCGAUACAAAUGACAAUGCCCCGGCUUUUCUCCCCUCUGGAGCAGUGGAAAUUGCAGAAAAUUCUUUGCCUGGUGUGAUUGUGACUCAGAUAUCUGUUCAUGAUGUGGAUUUGAAUCCAGCUUUCAUCUUCAAUUUCGCCAAAGAGAGUAAUCCUGGAACCAAGUUUGCCAUUGAUCGGAACACUGGAGCGGUGAUGCUAGUGAAAACAUUGGAUUUUGAAGAAGCUACUGAAUAUGAGCUGCUCAUCCAAAUUUCUGAUACUGUGCAUCACACAGAGGGAACACUCAUGGUCCGUGUGUUGGAUGUCAACGAUAAUCCACCAGUAUUUUCUCAAGAUUCUUACCAGGCCACUGUUCCCGAAUCGGUGCCUGUAGGGUACUCGGUGCUGACUGUGGGAGCCACAGACAUAGAAAGCAAUGAGAACAUUUCUUACAGGAUCCUUUCUUCGUCAAAGGAAUUUUCAAUUGAUCCAAUGAAUGGCACAAUAUUUACUAUCAAUCCUGUAUUACCUCUGGAUAAAAUAUCAACAAUUCAGUUUCUCGUUGAAGCCAGUGAUGGUGGCAUUCCUGACCUGAGCGCUCUUACCUUAGUAGAAAUAGAAAUACAAGAUACAAACAAUUAUGCCCCUGAGUUUGCAGUAGAAUAUUAUAAUCUUAGCUUGAGUGAAGAUGCUCAAAUUGGAGGCACGCUUCUCACAUUUUCAACCAUGGACCGUGACUGGACCCGUGAAAACACAUACGUUGAUUAUUCGAUCAUCAGUGGUAAUUCACAGAAUAAUUUCCAUGUAGAAACUAGUUUCAUUCAUUCAGAAGAUCCUUAUAAGCAAGCUGGUUACCUGGUGUUGCUUCGUAGCCUGGACAGAGAAGUAGCUGCCAGUCAUAACCUUGUCAUUGUGGCAUCUGACCAUGGCUGUCCUCCAUUGAGCUCUACGGCCAUUGUAUCAAUAGAAGUACUUGAUGUCAAUGAUAAUCCACCUAAAUUCAGCAGUCUGAAAUAUCAUGCCCAUGUCAAGGAAAGUACCCCUCUAGGGAGUCACAUCACUGUGGUCUCUGCAAACGACUGUGAUGUGGGUCCACAUGCAGAAAUCAUCUACCACAUCAUCUCUGGAAAUGAGAGGGGGCAUUUUCACUUGGAAGAAAAAACUGGAGUUCUUUAUUUGAUUAAACCUCUGGAUUAUGAAGAAACGACAAAAUUCACCUUAACUAUUCAAGCUUCAGAUGAAGAAAGGAAGCAUUUUUCUUUUGCGGUUGUGUUUAUCAAUGUCCUGGAUGAUAAUGACCAUGCACCUCAGUUUAUGUUCUCAAACUUAAAUUGUGUUGUUCCUGAAAAUGUCCCUGUUUUCUCCACUGUAUGUUCCGUAAACGCUUUGGAUUUUGAUGCAGGUCCUUAUGGAGAAUUGACCUAUUCUAUUUUAUCGCCCUGUUCUACCACUCAUGGGAUGCCUCGUGAUCAUCAUCCCUUCCUCAUUGACCCUUUAACAGGGGAUAUUCACACUAAGCAAGUCCUUGACUAUGAAAAUGACAAUAAAUACUGCCUCACAGUUCAGGCAAAAGACAAAGGGGACUCAGCAGCCUCUUUAAUGGUUUGGGUGGAUAUUGAAGGGAUAGAUGAGUUUGAACCCAUUUUUACUCAAGAUCAGUAUUUUUUCAACCUUCCAGAAAAGAAUAAAAUAAGACAGUUGAUUGGCAAAGUGGAAGCAUCAGAUGCAGAUGCUGGUAUUGAUGGAGUUAUUCUUUACUCUUUGGAAACUCCAUCUCCUUUCUUUUUAGUAAAUAAAACUAAUGGAAAUAUUUAUUUGACUAGAGCACUUCCCCUGAUAAGAAGUCAAGUCCGUGAACAAGACACCAUUGAAAUGAAAAUAAUCGCUCAUAGCCCCAAACCGGACUCCAAGUUUACAUUUUGUGCUGUUUUUGUAAAUGUGUCUUCUUUCUCAGAAGGACAACACUCAGCAAUAUCAGGUAGCAGCUUUUCCAUCAGCGUCACAGUCUCCUUUUUGGUGUUUCUGAUACUCAUCUUCAUACUAAUUGUAUUGAUUUUAAGACAUAAACAAAAAGACACAACACACAAUUAUGAAGAAAAGAAAACAUCAUCAUCCUCAGAUAUCAAUUUGAGACUGACCACAGAUAGCAGCAUGCUCAAGCCCUUCCAAAAAGCUAAUGAGUGCCGUAAUGAGGCGGUGCCUGUGGACGCCAUGCCUGAGUGGUUGAGUUUAAUAAGUAUCAUGGAGAAAGACAUUGUGAAUCUGUACAGGCACUCAAACUCCAGCGGCCACUGUUCUGUGGAAGGAGAAAGUGCAGAAGAUAAGGAAAUCCAGAGGAUAAAUGAGCAUCCUUACAGAAAGGACUCUGGCUCAGCUCUGAGUGAUCGGGAAUCCAGGGUCCCAGACUCUGGAAUCCCGAGGGACUCAGAUCAGCUCUCCUGCUUGUCUGGAGAAACUGAUGUGGUGGUCACUGCUGAAACAGCAGAAACCAGCCAUACAUUUGAGGAAGAUAAAGAAGGCUGUGGUACAACCUAUGCUCAAAAUAAUGUGUUACCCCAGACACUAAAGAAGAGAGAGAUAAAAGAGAACAUCCUGGCUGAUGUCAGGAGAGAGUUUGUCUUUAUUUCAGAUGAUCAGGAAGCAAGGUGUGCAGCUCUUUCCACCCAGAGAACCUCUGAUCAUGAUGUGAGAGGCAGCUACCACUGGGAUAAUCUCCUCAGUUGGGAACCCAAGUUCCAACCUCUUGCCUCAGUAUUUAACGAUAUUGCAAAACUAAAGGAUGAACACUUACAUACACCGGGCAUUCCAAAAGAGAAAUCUUUAGUUAUUCCACCACCUUUGAUAACAGCAGUAGCCCAGCCUGGGAUUAAAGCAGUUCCACCAAGAAUGCCAGCCAGAACCCCAGGUCAAGUGCUCCAGAAAUACCCACACUCCCCCCUUCCCUACCAUCUCAGUUCUCUGCCGGAAGCCUCGACCCCUAGCUUUUCACCAUCUCUUUUCCUGCUGACCACACAGACCCCUGCCAGGACCCCACUGUUUUCAGAUGGGGAAUCAUUAGGAACACAUCUAAGUGGUACGUGCCGUGAACUUAAAGCAGAAGAUGAAGUUCAAAUAUAACAUGAUUGUGAUGCCCAACACUCGCUCACCAAUGGUCAUGAAUGGUUGAACAAGACAUUCUUAGGCUAGCUUCUUAAGAUUGGCUACAACGUAGUGAGGGAUUUCAGAACCUCCUCAUUUAAAUUUCUUGAAUUUCAUUCAGCCUUAAUGAGAAGUUACCCCCUCUUUUAACCUUUAUGUUUUGCUCUCAGGACUCAAGUUUGUAUAUAUAACUCGUGUAUAUUCGGUCAUUAGUUUUCUCUAUGAUCAGAUCUCCAAAGGACACAAUGAAUUUGACUGACUGCCAAAAUGCUUGUAUGAAAAUAUAUGGAAAUAAGUAUAGUGCAGUCUGGUCACAUUACUGCUGGUUAUACUGCUAUAUCUAAAAUAAAUUAGUAAAGACUGAAUAAGGAAUGAGUAUAGAACAUAAAAAUAAUGGAAAAGAGAAACUGGGGAGGAUAAACUUCGAUUUUAAAAUGAAGUGAUUUUCUUAGAUCCGAUAUGUUUAGAGAUGUAUUUCUCUACUUUCCCCAUAUGCUACACUUACAGAGUUUUGCCAUAAUUUGAAUUUUAAUGUGGUGUCUUUUGGAAAUCUAAUGAGAAGUUAAGAAUGAAAUUUGUCAUAACUGUACCAAAUAAGAAAACUAUUCCUGAUUAAAUGAACCAGAAUGCAUGUUCUUGAUAGAGGGCCAGGAUUGAUAAAAGCAAUAAGUAUAUGGUUGACUGCCACCUAAGAUAUAUUUCCUUAGCCUUCUUUAUAAAUACAAUGAGUUUUUUUUCAAUGCUCUGUCUUAUAACAUGGUACAGGUAUACACAUUAAAUUCUGAAGAUUAAUAUUUGUAGAAAUUCCUUCAUUUUAUUUUCUUUGAGAUACAAUAACUUUUGGUGUGAAAUAAUUUAUCCAUUCAGAGUCACUUUUAGAAGUUUGCAUAGAUAAAAUUAUGUUAUUAGCUAAUA